AUGUUUAAUAUUGUUAAUAGUAUUGAUAAUUGUUCAGUAACAAAAUUACGUGUUAAUAUGUGGAAAACCCCUGGUAUGAAAACAUCAAAAACAUACAAACAUAUUGCAUUUAUUCAAUUAAGUGAUAUUAGAAGUUUAUUUGAUAUUAAUCCAAUAUCAUUAACAAUUGAUGAAACUGAACAAUUCGGAAUACUUUGUUCAAUUGAUGGACAAAUACGUCAACUUAUAUUUCGUGUUAUUAAUGGAAAUACAAGUACUAGUACUAAUAAUUCAAAAUCUUAUUUUACUGAUUUAAUAUCUUCAUCAUCAUCAUCGAUUUCAACAUUAUCAAAUAGUACUACACAUCAUGGAAAUCAUAAAAUCGAUGUACUUUAUCAUUUAUCUAAAGCUAUUUCAGAUGAUCGAUGUUUACUUGAUAAAUCUUCACUUAUUCAAACAGUUACUAAUUCAAAUAAUAAUCAUCAUGUGUAUUGUUCUCAAACAUCAUUUGAACAUUCAGAAAUUGAUUCAGGUUUACAUUCAACUAGUCGUCUGAAUUUAUUAGAUUUAGCACUUAAACGUGAUCUUCAUAAAGCAAAUAAACGGUUAAGUCGAGCUUUUUUAUUUAGUUCAGAACCCAAUAAACAUUUAACAAAAAAAAAAACUUAUUAG